AUGCCACGACGCGUGCCCAAUGAAGUCAUCGUCGAGCUUCAAAAGCAAACAGAGAGUGUCCGAAAUGUUUCAAUCGUUGCCCAUGUUGACCAUGGAAAGACGACUCUGGCUGAUGGCCUAAUUUCCUCAAACGGAAUCAUUUCUUCCCGCUCCAUCACCGAUCAGAUGCGAUACCUAGACUCACGUGAGGAUGAACAGCUGCGUGGAAUCACGAUGAAGUCGUCAGUCAUCUCCCUUCACCACAAAAACUCAGCUGGUGACUACUUGGUGAACUUGAUCGACUCUCCUGGCCAUAUUGACUUCUCUUCCGAAGUUUCCACUGCUGUCCGUCUAUCAGAUGGCUGCCUCGUGGUCGUCGAUGUGGUAGAAGGUGUUUGCCCGCAAACAAAAGCUGUACUGAGGCAGGCUUGGUUGGAGCGGCUCAAGCCCGUUUUGGUUCUCAACAAAAUCGAUCGACUAAUUUUGGAAAAGAAACUAACAAUGUUGGAAGCAUACCAAAGAUUGAAUCAGGUUCUUGAGCAAGCAAACGCAGCUGUGGCUCUGUUAUUCUCCGCUGAAGUGAUGCAGGAGAAUUCAAGAGAACGAGAAAACGCUGAAAAAGAUUCAGCUGAAGACAUAGAGGACAACUGGACAACGGGAAUCGGAGUCAUUGAUGAUUCAAAGCUGUACUUUGCUCCAGAAAGUGGUAAUGUCGUCUUUGGAGCGGCUUUUCAUUCAUGGGGCUUUACAAUUGACUAUUUUGCCGACAUUUACGCAAAGAAACUUGGCGCUAGGAAAAAUGUCCUCAAGCGCGCGUUGUGGGGCGAUUACUACAUCAAUAUGAAACAGAAGAAGAUUGCAAAAGGAGCGCUAGAAAAAGGAAAAGACCCCGCAUUUUGUACAUAUAUACUCAAAUACUUCUACGAGAUUUACAACCUGGUUGCUGAUAAGAAUAAAGAAAAAUGUAUGGCAUUUGCUCAACAGCUCAAAAUCAAAAUUUAUCCACGAGAGGAAAAGUCAAUCAUGACGUCGCCGGAUUCAUUUCUAACAACUCUUCUUGGUCAAUGGUUGCCUAUCAGUAAUGCAGCUUUAGACGCUAUCAUUCAGCAUGUUCCAAGUCCAAAACGUCUUCCAGCUGAUAGAAUUGAAAAAUUACUUCGUUCUGAUCAAUCUCCUCCCGACGAAAUUGUCAAAGCGUUUUCUCAGUGCGACAGGGAUUCUGACGUCAAAGUUUGUUUCAUUUCAAAGAUGAUUGCUGUGCCUAAAACUGAGCUUCCUCAAAAUCGAAGGGGUCCGCUUACAAUGGAAGAAAUCCGUUCUCGCCGAGCAGCUGCAGAGGAAGCUGCACGGAAAACACUAGCCAUUACGGAAGAUGAGGUUAAGGACUCUUCUGUGGAAAGGUCAGCGAGCUCGGAAGAGUCGCAUGUGUUCAUCGCGAUCGGACGAGUUUUCAGUGGCAGUCUGCGUAAAGGUGAUGUGGUAUUUGGUCUGGGAGCAAAGCAUCGUGUAGGAGACUCAACUUACUCGGAGGAAAUAACCAUCGGAGAGCUCUAUCUCGUCAUGGGUAGAGAUUUGGUGUCUAUCGACGUAGCUCCGGCUGGAUCCUUAAUUGGAAUCGGAGGAAUCAAGGAAUCCUCGAAUAUGAUCAUCAAUACUGGAACGCUCUCAAGCACCUUGAACUGCCCUUCAUUCGCACCUGUUUACAUGGAAGCUGUGCCGAUCCUUCGUGUUGCCGUGGAGCCCGAAGACCUUAUGGACAUGGAAAAGCUUCGAGAAGGUAUGAGGCUUUUGAAUGUUGCUGAUCCAUGCGUCGAAAUUAUGGACACAGCGACAGGAGAGCUCGUGCUUGGAGCUUGCGGUGAGGUGCACCUUGAAAAAUGCCUUGACGACCUCGAGAAAAUUUACUCAAAGAUCAAAGUUGUUAGAUCUGCGCCGAUCGUUCCGUUCAGAGAAACUCUUAUUGAGCCUCCAAAGGUGGAUGAGCUGGGGGAAAACUUCGGUCAGCAACAGAAAAACUUUAUGAAGAAGUUUCUCGAAAUGGAAAGCCGUGGUCAAAAAUUGGAGGAUGACGAAAAUGACAGGGAGGAGAUAGAUCAAGCUUCCGGCUCCGUCUCUCUAUAUACUAUCAAUCGACAGGCGCGGAUUAAAGUCCAAGCUUUUCCACUGCCUUCAGCUGUCCGCAUUUACUUAGAAGAGAAAUCAGACGAUAUACGAUCGAUUGUCCUUGGAAAGUCCUCCUUAGAUGAAGUGGAGAAGUUACGCUCAAAUUUGAUGGGUGCUUUUCACAAAGCUGGGUUUGCGAAAUCCUCGGCAACUGUCGAUCAAAUUAUUGCAUUUGGCCCCGAAGGAUUUGGACCUAAUAUCUUGCUGAAUAUGGUCGAGGGGUAUGAAGAUAGGUCAAAUUUUUGGAGCGAGAAGCAGCAAAAUAUCAAAAGCUUAGAUCAACAGCUCAUUUCAGGAUUUCAAGUCGUUGCUAGUUCUGGACCGAUGAUGGAGGAGCCCAUGGCGGGUGUUGGUUUCAGACUGCUCGAAUGGGAAGUUUUCCAAGACGAUAAUUUCGACAUCACCCUCACAUCUGGGCAGCUUAUGAGCACUGUAAAAGAAGCCUGUAGAAAAUCUUUCUCAAUCUUGCACAAGCGACUUCUCGCUGCGAUGUACACGUGCGAGAUUCAAGCAUCGUCGGAAGUCCUGGGAAAAGUGUAUGGAGUCAUUGGAAAGCGCGAUGGAAAGAUUCUGGAAGAGGAUAUGGUCGAAGGAGCGGACUUGUUCAACAUCAAAGCGGCUAUUCCUGUCAUUGAAUCGUUCGGAUUUGCUGAUGAAAUAAGAAAGAAAACAUCUGGCUUAGCGUCGCCUCAGCUUCGUUUUAGCCACUGGAGCGAGGUCGAAGGGGAUCCUUGGUGGGUGCCUACAACCGAAGAAGAAAUUCAGCACUAUGGUGAGAAGGCAGACUACGAAUCAACAGCGAAGAAAUACAUGAAUCUGAUAAGAAAGCGCAAGGGUCUUUGGAUCGAGCAAAAAGUAGUUGAACACGCUGAGAAACAGCGAACGAUAACGAAGAAUAAGUAA